UGACGUGCACGACACCAUCACAUGAUAGGUGUCUCGUGACGUCGUCUUGUAGUUUGUCAGCUGACAGGGAAUUAUUUAUUGUAGUCCAGAGUGGUAUUGAACAGGUGUAUCAGGAUGGAUAUCCGCGGGGCGGUGGAUGCUGCAGUACCCACUAACAUCAUCGCUGCCAAGGCUGCGGAGGUCAGAGCCAACCAGGUCAACUGGCAGUCAUACCUGCAGGGCCAGAUGAUCUCUGCCGAGGACUGUGAGUUCAUUAAGAAGUUUGAAGUGGCUCAUUCUGAGGAGAAACAGACCAUCCUCACAAAUGAAGGACAUCAGUGUGCCAGGACGUUCCUGAACCUGAUGGCUCACAUCUCUAAGGAGCAGACUGUCCAGUACAUCCUCACCCUAAUAGAUGAUACCCUGCAGGAGAACCACCAGAGGGUGAACAUCUUCUUUGACUACGCCAAGAAGACAAAGAACACUGCCUGGUCCUACUUUCUUCCCAUGCUCAACCGCCAGGACCUAUUUACCGUCCACAUGGCGGCCAGGAUCAUCGCUAAGCUAGCAGCCUGGGGUCGUGACCUGAUGGAGGGAAGUGACCUCAACUACUACUUUAACUGGAUAAAGACCCAGCUCAGCUCCCAGAAGCUUCAUGGUACAGGUCCAGACUCCACAGGACAUGGCACUAUAUCCCCCAGUGACAGCUCCCAGUAUGUGCAGUGUGUGGCAGGCUGUCUCCAGCUGAUGCUGAGGGUCAAUGAGUACAGGUUUGCCUGGGUGGAGGCGGACGGGGUCAACUGCAUCACAGCUGUGCUCAGUAACAAGUGUGGUUUCCAGCUGCAGUACCAGAUGGGGUUUUGUAUGUGGCUGCUGGCCUUCAACUCUCAGCUCUGUGAGCAGCUACGCCGUUACAACGUGGUGCCGGCCCUGUCUGACAUCCUGCAGGAGUCUGUCAAGGAGAAGGUCACGCGCAUCAUCCUGGCUGCCUUCAGGAACCUGUUGGAGAAGUCAGCGGAUAGGGAGACCCGUCAGGAGUAUGCCCUGGCCAUGAUACAGUGUAAGGUUCUGAAGCAGCUGGAGAAUCUGGACCAGCAGAAGUAUGACGAUGAGGACAUCACUGAAGACCUCAAGUUCCUGCUGGAGAGUCUAGGGGAGAGCGUUCAGGACCUCAGUUCGUUUGAUGAGUACAGUUCGGAGCUGAAGUCCGGUCGCCUGGAGUGGAGCCCGGUCCACAAGUCAGAGAAGUUCUGGCGUGAGAAUGCAGUCCGCCUCAACGAGAAGAACUACGAACUCCUCAAGAUCCUUACUCGGCUGCUGGAGGUAUCUGAUGACCCUCAGGUUAUUGCUGUAGCUGCUCAUGAUGUUGGAGAAUAUGUCAGACACUACCCUCGGGGGAAACGGGUGAUAGAGCAGCUUGGAGGUAAACAGCUGGUGAUGAACCACAUGCACCAUGACGAUCAGCUGGUCCGCUACAACGCCCUGCUGGCCGUGCAGAAACUCAUGGUCCACAACUGGGAGUACCUGGAAGCUACAUUGUGUGUGAUUGAACGUUCUCCUGUCCUCUGCAGGGAGUACCUGGGAAAGCAGCUCCAGUCAUCUGACCAGCAGCAGCAACAGGCUGUGGCCGUUAGGACCUGAACUCUAACCCCUGACAACAGGCCAUGGCCGCCAGAAGCUGAACUCUUAACCCCUGAACCCUGUAUGAAACCUAUUUGGUGUCUGGGUCCUACAGGCAUGUAGUGGGCUGUACUAUGUGUGUUACCGGCUGACUAUGUGUGUUACUGGCUGACUGUGUGUGUUACUGGCUGACUAUGUGUGUUACUGGCUGACUGUGUGUGUUACUGGCUGACUGUGUGUGUUACCGGCUGACUGUG